UUCGUAUAGCUAGGAUCGAAGCAGCUAGUAGCAUACACCUUUCAAUACGUAUUUGAAUUCAAUAGUGUUAUUGAAGAAAGUAUUAAAUUGUCUGAGAUAUAUAUAUACCUAUUCAAGAAAUCUGGAAGAAAUAAAAAAAAUUAUUAAAAAGGAUCUUAAAAAUUUGAAGAACAAUGUUCUUUUCAGUGAAAGCGCAUCUUCUAUUGCAAUUAGCAUCUCAGAUAUACGCGAUGAAUGAAAUAACAGUACAAGUGGCUGAAGGAAAAUUAAAGGGCGUCGUCGUAAAUGGUUGUAAUCACGUUAAAUACUUGGCUUUUCGCGGAAUACCGUAUGCCAAACCUCCGGUCGGCGAACUCAGAUUUAAGGAUCCAAAACCAUCGGAACCAUGGUCUGGUGUGAGAGAUGCCUCGAAAUAUGGAAACAUAUCUGUUCAAGUAGAUAGACUGACACAGGAAGUUGUGGGCGAUGAAGAUUGCCUCUAUUUAAAUGUUUAUACCACGAACAUCAAACCCACCAUAAAACGAUCGGUAAUGGUAUGGAUACACGGUGGUGGCUACUUUCUAGGUACUGGUGAUUCAUCGUGGUACGGUCCCGAUUAUAUCAUGAAGAAAGAUGUAGUAGUGGUUACCGUAAAUUAUAGAUUAAACUCUUUAGGGUUUCUGAAUCUCAAUGACGAAGUGGCAGCAGGUAAUCAAGGUUUGAAGGAUGUAAUAUUGUCAUUAAAAUGGGUAAAAAGAAAUAUAAUGGCAUUCGGUGGAGAUCCAAAAGAUAUCACUCUCUUUGGCGAAAGUGCUGGAGCAUCUAUAACACAUUGUCUAGCUCUAUCUCCAUUAGCAAAAGGUUUAUUCCACAAAAUAAUUGCACAAAGCGGUGUUAUCUUAAAUCCUUGGGCCUUUUACGAUCAGACGGAUGCAGGUUUUAGGCUUGCCAAAAAACUCGGAAAGGACACAUCGGAUCCAAAAGUCGCAUACGAGUUUUUAAAAAGGGUUGAUGCAAAAUUACUUAUUGACAAUUCACUAUUUGCAAUUGCUACUGAAUCAGAGAGAUUGAGUUUUACUCUAAGCUUCACGCCCACUCUGGACAGCAAGUCACCGAAUCCAGUAUUUCCUGAACAUCCAGAAGAAUAUCUAAGCCGUGGGACUCAAAUACCCUUCCUUUUAGGAUUCAAUCGUAACGAGGGAAUAUUUCUUAUACGAAGCAACUUUUUCGGAGAUGUAAGCGACGAAGAUCUAGAGAAAGUAAAUAAUAAUUUUAAAAAGGGAAUAUUAGCAAAUGUAUUAUCCACAUUACCUGACAUAGGAACUACUGUCGAAGAAUUACGAUCCUUCUAUUUCGGAAAAAAAGAUAUAUCACGGGAAACUUUGACGAAUUAUUCGAAUUUCUUAGGAGAUGAAUUUUUCGUACGCGGUAUAAGAGAUGUAGUUCAAUUUCAAAAGUCUUCUGGUGGUUACAAAUCGACGUAUUUAUAUCAUUUCGAUUAUGAGAGCGAAACUUCUAUUAUGAAAACAUUAUUAGACAUCGGACUUCCAGGAGUGAGCCAUAUAGAGGAUUUAGGUUUCUUAUUUUUCCCAGAAAUUGCAAAUACAGAUUAUCAAUUGUCGUGUUAUGAACCUGGUUCAAAUGAUGACAAAAUAGUACAUCAUUUUGUGCAAAUGUGGACGGAUUUUGCUAAAACAGGAAAUCCAACACCUACUACAAAAUUAUGGUUACCACUAAUUGGUCCGCAAAACAAAGACUACAAUUAUUUAAAUAUUGAUUUAAAUCUACAAAUGAAAAUGUUUCGUAAUCGAAAGGAACGCUGGGAUUGGGAAAGUCUUUAAAAG